UAAAAUACGAUUAAUUAUAUUUACUCUGUGUGGACAAAUUUAUGUAGACAGAAUAUGACGAAUAUAUCUAUAUAAUUAAAUAUGUAUUUUCUGUAUAAAUGGAAAACUAUAAUUUAUAUCUACAUGCGAACAUAUACAACAGUAUAGAAAAAAUUAAGUAUGGCGUUAAUCCUAUCAGCUGAUAUCGUCUGCUGGAAUGACGAAUCGUAGAUAUUAAUUAGUUACACAGUGCUCCCCUAAGCAUCAUAAACAUAUGCCUUUAUUCUAUGGAUAUUCUCAUAAGUUAAUAAAUUUAUAAUAAUUCAGAGUUGUUAUUUUAAUGACGCAAUGAUCGCUUUAAAAUUUGUAAUGGCGAAAAUACUUGUUAAACACGAGUUCGAUCGUUUGCAUCAUUGACAGGUGGGAAAGGAAUAUGGGGAAAUAGAUAGGAUUAUUUGUGCAAACGAUUUUUUAAACAAACGGGUGAUAAAGGGAUCUGCCAAAUAACUAGCAGAUUCGGUUGUAAUGAGCGACUCCGAACAGCGGCAAUUACACGUGCCUUAUCGAGAAUAUCAUAGCCAGAACAAUACUAAUACUUCUGCCUUAGUGGAAACUGAUGCAUUGGUAGAUCUUUCAAUCACAUCUAACAAUUGUUUACCAGUAAAUGAGUGUUCAGAACUAAUACCAGACGUUGAAUUUGUUCCCAAUCUGAGCAACGAACAAACCAUAGCCAUUGAUUCUCCUGGGAUGGACCGGGAGAGCCAGCCUCUCCUUGGUCGACUGGAGCUGGAUGUCACCUUUAAUCGUUUCCCUGAUGAUCCACAAUUCUCUGAGUUAGUAUGGCAGGCUGAAUUGGCAAUAGACAAUGGAAUCUCCCCCGAAAGGAUAUACCAAGGUUCUAGUGGCAGUUACUUUGUAAAAAAUACCACAGGGAAAAUAAUAGGUGUUUUUAAGCCAAAGGAUGAAGAACCUUAUGGAAGAUUAAAUCCAAAAUGGACAAAAUGGAUGCACAAACUUUGUUGUCCGUGUUGUUUUGGGAGAAGUUGUUUAAUUCCAAAUCAAGGAUACCUCAGUGAGGCGGGUGCAAGUUUAGUUGACCGUAAAUUGGGUCUGGGUAUAGUUCCAAAUACUAGAGUAGUCAAACUUGUCAGUAAAACAUUUAACUACCCACGCUUAGACCGACAAAAAGCUCGUAUGAAGCAAGCUAUCAUGGACCAGUUUCCUACAGUGGGAUCUCAUUUCAAUCGUAUUGGUUUGCCGCCAAAAGUUGGUUCUUUUCAAGUUUUUGUAGAUGGUUACAAGGAUGCUGACUACUGGUUAAGGCGAUGGGAAAGUGAACCUUUAUCACCACGUCUUAGUAGAGAAUUUCAACUUCAAUUUGAACGCUUAGUUAUUUUGGACUAUAUAAUUAGAAAUACUGAUAGAGGUAAUGAUAAUUGGUUAAUUAAAUACGAUAAUAGUAAGGGAAAAAACGGAUCAGAACAGGGUGAAGUAAAAAUAGCCGCUAUAGAUAAUGGUUUGGCUUUUCCUUUUAAACAUCCCGAUUCAUGGCGUGCUUAUCCGUAUCACUGGGCAUGGUUAAGUCAAGCGAAACAACCAUUUAGCGAUGUGACGCGAGAACUUGUAUUACCACAACUUUCGGAUCAAAAUUUUGUACAAGAUCUUUGUGACGAUUUAUAUCAAUUAUUUAAACAAGAUAAAGGUUUCGAUCGACCUCAUUUUGAUAAACAAAUGAGCGUAAUGCGCGGUCAAAUCUUGAACUUACAACAAGCUUUAAAGGAUGCCAAAAGCCCUGUGCAGUUGGUACAAAUGCCUGCUGUGAUCGUUGAAAAGGCCAAGGGAAACGGAGCACCAAGACUAUUCUCAUUCUCUGAUACAUUUACACAGCGCUUCCAGAAUAAAAGCCCUUUCUUCUCUUGGUGUUAAAAAGAUCUUGAAUGCUUGAAAAAUAGCAUUAGCCCUGCGUCAACUGAGAAGAACUUAUUCGAUGCAUUACAAAUAUCGCAUCUUAUUAUUUGUGCUGUCUCUCUUAAUUUUAUCACGCAUUACUACCUCUUUUUUCAAACGCUAGUUUCUAAUCUACGGUCCGCGUAGAUUUAUCGACAAUUACAUUUAAUUUAUCUUGUGUUUAUACCAUUUUCUUUUAAUUCGACUAUAUUAAUUCGAAUCAUAGUAUGAUUAUAUUGUAUACAGUAAAUAUAUAUAAUGUUAACACAA